CAGCCCUAGUGAUUCAACCCUGAUUUCCAGCGAACGAUCAAGCAACAGACGGGAUGCCAAAAAGUGAGGACCGGUGGAGAGGUUGUUCGCGCUGAAUAAGCCUCUUGAAGAGAUAGCGAUAGGAAGCAGACGCAACAAAACAAGACGAGAAGCUGCGCGCUUUCUCCGCGGCAACUUGCGCACAGUGCCAGAGUUUUAGCGGCAGUAUUGUUCUGACUUCACUCCAGAGGGGCCACUCCGAGGAGAGAGGACGCACACAAAAGGGAAAAGGAAAGGACUAACGAGCACGCUUUGUCGUUUAAAGUAAUGGUCCUGCGGUCUUAGAUCCUAGAUUUCUCUGUCUCUCUCUCCCCUCUCUGUUUCUUUCCAUUUUUCUUUUUUUGAAUUUUUUUCGUCCCGUCGGGUUGUGUCCCCCUUUGUCGCCGUGAGAGAGUGGACGCGCCGGGGGCUUGAGGAGCAGAAGCGGGGCUGUCCACAUGGUCCAACCACUGGCGUGAAAGUUGACUUCUUCAGAAAACAAGAGAACAGGUGCCAGUGAUGAUGGUGGAAUCAGCCUCUGAGACCAUUCGAACGACACCGUCGAACCAGAACGGAGUCAGCAGCCUCAGCAGCCAAUCAGAUGGAGGGGGAGGUAGAGAGGGCGGGUCUAACGGAGACACCAACGGAGAGAUUAGCCCAGUCGAUUUACUGCACCUGCAACAGCAACAGGCGCUCCAGGCAGCCAGACAGUUCCUCCUCCAGCAGGCCUCUGGACUCAACUCCCCUGGCAGCAACGAGGUCAAACAGAACGCUCUGCAGGUGCCUGUGUCCAUGGCUAUGAUGAGUCCACAGAUGAUCACUCCUCAGCAGAUGCAACAGAUCCUGUCUCCCCCUCAGCUCCAGGCCCUGCUGCAGCAACAGCAGGCUCUAAUGCUACAGCAGUUACAGGAGUACUACAAGAAGCAGCAGGAGCAGUUGCAUCUCCAGCUUCUGACUCAGCAGCAGCAGCAACAGCAGCAGCAGCAACAGCAGCAGCAGCAGCAGCAGCAGCAGCAGCAGGCCGGGAAGCAAGCAGCAAAAGAGCAGUUAGGUAGUAAACAGUUGGCCUUCCAGCAGCAGCUGAUCCAGAUGCAGCAACUUCAGCAGCAGCACAUCCUCAACCUCCAGAGACAAGGCCUUGUACCACUGCAGCCCACCGCCGCCAUGCAGUCUCUGCAGCAAGCGAUGUGUCCGUCAGACCUCCAACAGCUGUGGAAGGAGGUGUCGGGGGUGCAGAGCAGUGAGGAGGCCCUGAAACAUGCCGAGGGCCUGGACUUGAGCACCAACAGCUCCAAUUCUACCUCAGCCUUCCCCAAAGCUGCCAGUGCUCACAUCCCACUGCACAGCCUGGUCAACGGACAGAGCCACACCCCAAAGAGAGACAGAUCACGGGAGUUGCUGUUCUACCGCCGCCUCGAUCGAGCCAGACUGUUUGAGUGGAUAUCCUCCUUCAGCAAGUCAGACAUCGGAGACGACCAUGUCCCCCUUUACCCCAAAGGUGGCCAACCCCCCAGCAGCCAUCAUGAGGAGCAUGCCGGCUCCCAUCCUCUCUACGGCCAUGGAGAGUGUAAGUGGCCUGGCUGUGAAGCACUGUGUGAGGACAUGGGACAGUUCAUCAAGCACUUGAACAAUGAGCACGCCCUAGACGACCGCAGCACUGCUCAGUGCCGAGUCCAGAUGCAGGUGGUUCAGCAACUGGAGAUACAGCUGGCGAAAGAGAGCGAGCGACUCCAGGCCAUGAUGACCCACCUGCACAUGCGCCCCUCAGAGCCAAAGCCUUUUAACCAACCUCUGAACCUGGCUUCCAGUGGCUCUAUGUUAAAGCGGGACAGCGAUAUGUACCCAGAGGGUCUUCCUCACCCCCCCACCUCAGCUGCCACCCCCAUCACCCCAAUGCGCCAGGGCCCCUCAGUCAUCAGCUCCUCCAGCCUGCACACACACUCCCACUCCCACACGCACGGUGUUGGGCCUAUACGUAGGCGUAACUCCGACAAGUACUGCACCCCCAUCGCCUCAGAGCUGGCUCAGAACUGUGAGUUCUACAAGAACGCUGAUGUCAGGCCUCCCUUUACCUACGCCUCUCUUAUACGUCAUGCCAUUCUGGAGUCCCCAGACAGACAGUUGACUCUCAAUGAGAUCUACAACUGGUUUACACGAAAGUUUGCCUAUUUCAGGAGAAACACAGCCACAUGGAAGAAUGCUGUGCGCCACAACCUGAGUCUGCACAAGUGUUUUGUUCGUGUUGAGAACGUGAAGGGGGCUGUGUGGACUGUGGAUGAAGUUGAAUACCAAAAGAGGAGACCACCAAAGAUGACUGGAAGUCCCACUCUGGUGAAAAACAUGAUUUCAGGCCUGGGCUUUGGAUCCCUAAACGCCAGCUACCAGGCGGCUCUGGCAGAGAGCAGUCUGUCCAUGCUAAACAGCCCUUCCAUGGUGAGCCCGUCUGCGGCCAGCCUCAACAUGCUGCAUGUGGGCCACGAUGAUGUCAGCUCCACUGUGGAGCAGGUCAACAGCAACGGUAGCUGCAGCCCCACGCUCAGCCCUCACCAGUACAGCCACCAUGUGCAUGUGAAGGAGGAGCCCACUGAGCUGGAGGAGGACAGUCGGUCAGUAUCCCUCAUGGCCGGCAUCACACACAGCCUGCCAAUGCCGAGCGACGAGCGCGACCUGGAGGAGGAUCUUCCCACCGAGGAGCUGGAGUAGGACCGAUCCCAGAUGGACCAGAGGGACGAGACAUAGCUAGAUCAAUCCCUGAGCCCUCUCGUCAGCGUGAAGAGGAAAAGAUAGCUACAGUACACUUAAGAGAAAAGAGAGAAAAAAAGAGAAUGUUUUUUUUGUUUUUUAAGAAAAUGCAAGCAACCAAGGACAACAUUGAGAAACUCCAAACAGGGUUAGAUGACCUCCGUUACUUUCAAGACGCAAAACAAGACUGUGGAGCACUGCUUUACCUCCAUGUGUUUCUUUUCCAACACUUGGCUCAGAGGUGUAACACCACUCAAUGCAUACACACUCACACUCACACAAACACACACACACACAUAUACACACACACACACACACACUCGUUCACUUGUCAAACCAUGUGUCAUCAUCCUCCCUGGUCCGAUCAGCCUCUGUGUAGAGACCCUUAGAGGUUUGGACACACACUCUCCUCCUUGCCCGACCACUCUGCAUACGCCCUCCUCGCUGUUGUCCCGGGCUGCCCGGCUAGCCGUUUUAUCUCCACGUCAGUUGAGAAGACACACAGGUGUGUGUGUGUGUAUUUGAAAGAGAAAGACACACACAGGAUCAUGUGUAUAUAGAUUUGGAGCAGUCACUAGGGGCUGUGCAGUAUACCUCUCCUUCUUCCCCCUCUUUGAGUCAAUCACUUGCUUUUUCAUCUUCUUUGAUUUGAUUGAAAUGAAACUGUCGGGCUUCAAGAUGGGAAGGGAGGAAGAGCGCUUUCAAAGAUUACCUCCAACAGUGCUCCAACACUUCUGCAGAGCAGGCUCCCGUCUCCGCGUCCAUGUGCGAGCCCACGGCGAUGCUGUGGCCCCCGGUCUUUGUCCAAACUUCUGCCCCCAGCAAGACACUUAGUCACAGACAUCUUUUAAACUCUUUGCUUCUAAGUGAGAAAAAAGACAUUUUCCUACCCCACCCCCAUCCCCACCCCAAAGAGACUGCAGGAAUAGGACCAUUUGGUGCUGUCCAUCUCCUCUCCUCCGUCUCCGGACGGAGCGAUGAGCUUGGAACACUUUGAGAAUGAGAAGAAAAGAGGGGAAGCAGAGAGAAAUGAGGGAGGAAGCGUCUACAGAAAUAUUGUGACUAAAAAAGAAAACUGUUCAUGAUUAUGGAGUAUAACAAGAAAAAAAACGUGUGGUAGCUUUUGUCAUUUCCUUUUUUUUUUUUUUGAUGUUAUUAUCAUUGUUUAUUUUUGAGGAUCAAUAUUUCCACGGUGGCGUUCUGUUUCGACGUACCUUUUCUAAGGAUGCUGUUUUUGUUUUUGUAUUGUAAAUUGUUUGAUUUACUGGCUGUUCACACCAUUCCAAAUGAGUAUUGGCAAAAAAAAAAAAAAAGUGCAGUAUUGUCCCAACUUGUGAUACCCGACCCCCACUCCUGCCCCUCUCCCUUUCUGUCCCAAGUGUAGCAGGCAAGAAAUUUGGAAAUAGCACUUAAAGUUGCCAUUAUCCAGACCGAUUAUUUAACAGCUGAAUCUUUUUUUAUUUUCUCUCAUUCACUUGUUUUUUGGUUGUGUAUUUAGUUGAGAAAUAUCAGUAAUGCUUUAAAAAUAUAUAUAUUAUUACUGCAGUCAGAGAAUACCUCACCCCACAAAGGUUCUGCCUGGAACUGUGUCCAAAUUGAUAAACAAAUAAGGGGGAAUUCUUUCUGUGGGACACCAAAUGUGGCAACUCUGCUCAACUUCGAUUCAAAGCUCUAUGGUUGUAAUAGUUACUGUGUAGAAGCUAUCUGCAAUUCACUGUGUGAGUUUGUGUUAAAGGAAUAGCACGUGAGAUUUUUUUUGUUUUGUUUUGUUUUCCGUGAGCAUAAAAGCAUUACUUUUCUCUACAGUGCCAUACCAAAUUUAACAUUUAUUUUAAACUAUUAUCUGCUUAUUCCCAUUUUAUUUUUGUUACAGGUAACCAAAGAAAUAUGUAGAAAACCAAAAACCCUGUAGUUUAUUUUGCCCUUUUUGAGUUUCCUUUUGUUUUUCUUCUUAAAGAAUUGGCCAAAAGACAACAAACCAGGAGUUUGAAUUCUUAUUAUUGUAUUCAUAUAACUAUUGUGUUAAAAUUAUACAUAAUUUACAGUGCUGACCAUUCCGAAAACCAAAGUGUGUAAAGCAAACUAGAACUUGGAGACAUCAAAGCUUUUACAUGAUAAAUGGUUACGAAUGACUCACAUUAGGUAUGAGGCCAAAAACUAGUAUUAACAAACCUCGCACAGUUCCUCUGAAAAAACUAAAAGAAAGAGAAAAGAAAAAAGCACUUAGAGGUGAAACCCUGUCUCUCCCACGCUCAGGCUAAACUGUGUUCCAAACACAAACCUACUGGCCCUACUGCUGUAUAAGCAGGCCGAAAAAUGAGGCACUCGUGAGGCAUUUGAACACUUUUCGCUUUACAGGAUACCUUUUCUGGUGCUGUCGUAACAAACAUUUUUCAAACUAGGGAACAAACAUACUGUCUUGAUCUGUAUGUAGUAUUUGCAGGAAGAGGAAGCGUACUGUAAUGUGGUUACAAAAGUCACAUCUUUGGACAGGGAGGAGUUAUUCCAAAAACAUAUAUAUAUAAUACAAUAAAGAGGGAACAAUUCAUUCUUUUCUUUUUUUUUUCUUUUUGAAACAUACCAAUGUAAGAGGAAAACAACCAAGGGACAUCAUGUAAUUGAAAGUUGGGUUCAUAUUUUCAUACUUUUUGUCAAACUAUCUCUUGCACUUCAGACGAUUUUUCUUAUUUAAUGAAAGAACCUUUCUGAUGACUUUGUGUUCAAACAGGACUGUUUCCUGUCACAGUAGAGACUGAUUUCUAACAAAGUACAAAGUGGCAGACAGACAUCCUGAAACGAGAUAAAAACCAAAAAUAACACUACCUCCUUUUCAAAACAGUUCAACACAUAGCCAAUGGGAGACUGGACUCUCUUAAAUAUUAUUUUUUUCCUCCAUCCUUCCUCGGUGAUAAUAAUAAAUGCCAAAAUUGUUGUUACACUUAACUGUAUGACUGACAAGUAAAAAAAAAGAAAAGAAAAGAUGCUAUUUGGCGAUCCGGACUCCCUAACACAUCUGCUCGAGCCCAAAAACAGAGACGUUUCACUUUCCAUGGAAUUAAAAAUGACUACCUCUCCUUAAACCACAUCAAAAGCACUCUCUACGUCUCUAAGUGUGUUGUGAAGUGCUCGCUAUAUAUGAAAAGUUUUCUAUCAGCUGUUUAAAAACUGACCAUAUUCCUGCACCCGAUCAGCACUGAGCUAUGUGAACAGCUUCUUAACUGUGUGCUCUGACUGUACGUGUGCAUAUUCAUGAUCUCUCCGCAAACGAGAAACUGGCCGUUAAUGGCUAUGUGGUGUUGCAUGGAGCUGGUUGUCGGAGGGAUAGUGAUGGACAGAAUAUAUCAGUACAAGCACACACAGGGGUGCAACAGAAGCAGAGAAGCAGGGCUAUGGGUUAGUGCAACAGAGGCUCUGACCAUCCAGAUAUCCAAAGACCCACAACACAGCGGCACACGCUUCGCCAAAACACUCGCAGAGACGCUGAGAGGACUAACACACACUUAAAGAAACUCAUCACUACUACUAGUAAUAUCCAAACCAAGAGGAACUGCUGCAUACAGUACAUAGAUGAUCUCUGACUUGUGCUUUAAGGUACACCUGUAAACAAAGCUGUUUUAUAAAGAUGUAGAUUGUUCACAGGUCGCCAUGUAACACUUCUGUUCUUUCUCCAGCUUGGCAUAACAUGAUGUAUUCUUGUAUAUUAAUGCUUGACUUAUCUCUUCAGGGCAUUCUUUCCCAUUUUGUCCUUUUGAUUUUUCUCUCCUGUUUUUUUUUCUGCACCUGUUUAGCUAUUGUAAAGCUUUCAGCUCUGAUUCCUAUACUGUACUGCUAAUGCUGAAGUAUAUGUAUUUAUCAUAUUAAGUGCUGCAGGUAUCUCGGUUUAUUAGUUUUUGUUUUGUUUGUUUCCAUUUUUCAGUUCUUCAUAAAACGUCUGGGACGCUGAUUUUUUAAGUGUAUUAUCUCAACAAAAAAAAUUAAAAGAAUAAAAGUUAGAUCAGUGGUUUAGGUAACACCUGUUUGUAUAUUUAUCUUAGCUAGGUCUAUUUUGAUACUUUUUUGUCUCUGUACUGCAUUUAUGCAUUUUUAAGGAAAGAAAAACAAAACAAAUGGAAAACAAACUAAAAAGUUACUUCAUUAUGUAUUGAUACCUCAGAAGGACUUUUUCUCAAAGACAGGACCAAAACCUCUGAAAAGAAAAAGAGAAAGAGGAAAAAAUGUCAGAAUAUGUAGCCCCUCUCUUGCUUUAAAAAAAAUUGCGGAGCUCUAGAAAGAUAUUGCUGUUGGUCCUCUCAGGUGCCAAUAUGUGUCCCAGCUCCCUGUGACCCCUCCCUCUGACCCCUGACCCCUGUCAUUCCUGUGCUGAACUCCGACCCGCAGAGCUGCCAAUCAUCUGCAGGCACCAUGAGGGUGUCACUGAGUCACACACCUGGCUGGUGGUGACCAGUCACAAACCUCAUCUCCCAGUCCCACAGAGGCAGAUCAAAGCCUGACACUGUUGCAUUUUUGAUACUCCUCCUCACGUGUAGUCUCAAUACCAAAAUGUGGAUUGGCUCUCAGAGAUGCAGCUCAUCCUCUGACUACCAAAGGCAUUGAAAGCAACCAUUUGCUUAGUCCAAACUCCUGAACUGUAACCAAACUGUAACCAAACCAAUGCCACAACUUUAACCAAACAAAAACCAAGCUACUUCCAAAAGUCUCCAUCGACUUCACUGAUCACCUUUACUGAUAGCUGUUAUCUCUCGUACAUCCACGUAAUGGUGUUGUAGGAGCAGCCUGCAUCCUAUUGGCUGGUGACUGACUCAAAGGACAAGGGGAGCCCAAAUCCUGACUUGUGAUUGGACAGUUCUGAGGUGUCAUGUGAGGGGGAAGGGACUCUCAAAGUGGAGCAUUGCCUGACGGUAUUAUCAAGUAGACAGCCAGAAUCCGAUGGAACUACCACUUCAGCUCUCCUCUGGUAAAACCUAAGGAAUGUGUGUACAUUUUCAGCAGUGACUCUCUGUAUUGUUUCUUAGUUUCAGUUUACCUGUUUACCUCUCUUUAUCCUUUGGUUUUUGUUCUGUUUCUUGUUAUUUGAAAGUGUGACCCGAGGAAGAGGCGGGGACAGGGACUGGGCGGCGGCUUUAGACAGACAGUGGAGCCCAGCCCUCUGACCCUCCACCCCGGGUAGCCAUGUAAUGCCAGUCACUGCCCUUUCCUUCAUGCUGUAUAAAAACACACACACAUAUAUCUGUGUAUUUGUAACCUGAAUCUUCUUGUGUCUGUCCAUGCAGACAAUAAAAAAAACUGUACAGUAGGUCUAGUUGCAUGUAAUCUGUACUAAUUAUUGACAAUGGCAUUAUAAAAUGCAAUAAAAUACUUAUUACACUGUC